GUUGUGACUCGGACAUAUUUAAAUGCAACACACAGCUUUUUAUUCUAGUAACCGUAAUAGAUGGGUCAAAUUAUUUCUGAAGAAACAAAUAUUUUACAUUUAUACAAAUUCAUACCCACAGCACUCGUGAAAUGAAGCAGGCAUUAGAUGAUACUGAGGAUGUAUCGCUGGAUUUCGGAGCAGAGGAGGAAGAACGAGCGCUAAGGACGGCCAAAAUAAGACACCCCAUGGCUACGUUUUUCCACUUAUUUUUUCGAGUCAGUGCCAUUGUUACUUACCUGUUCUGUGACUGGUUCAGCAAGAGUUUCGUCGCCUGUUUCGUCAUGAUCAUCACCCUUCUCUCCUGUGACUUCUGGUCUGUAAAGAAUGUGACUGGGAGACUACUGGUGGGCCUUCGCUGGUGGAAUCAAAUUGAUGAAGAUGGAAAGAGUCAUUGGGUGUUUGAAGCCAAGAAGCCAUCUCUGCAGAACAAGACUACAGCAACUGAGGCAGAGGCUAGGAUCUUCUGGCUUGGGCUUAUCAUCUGCCCUCUCAUCUGGACUGGCUUCUUCUUCAGCACACUUUUCUCUCUCAAGCUGAAGUGGCUGGCCCUGGUCAUAGCUGGCAUAUCCCUCCAAGCUGCAAACCUUUAUGGUUACAUCCGUUGCAAGGUUGGGGGAGAGGAGGGUGUUCCCAGCUCUGCUUCCUCCCUCCUUGGACAGCAGUUUCUCCAGAGGCCGGAUAUCAUUUUUGGCAUGCUAUAAAAGAAGGUUAUCAGUUGAAGUCUGUGCAGUGUGUCAGUGUGUAGGUAUGGUAAGGGUACAAUUUAUGAACCUUAUGAUUUGCAGGAAAGGGGUGUGUUUUCUGAGAAUAAUUUAAUCUCCCAUACUGAAGGAGGUUUAGUUAACCUAAAGAAUGGCUUUGCCAAAGACAUAGUCUCUAAUUAUUUAAAACAGGAAGGCCGUAAGCAGUUAAAUCAUCAAAUCAGGUUUCCUGCCAUUUUAGUAGUUAUAGGCAGAGUUGUACAUUUCUGGGAAAAUUUCCCCUUUUGAGGAGAUUUAGGGAAUUAUGCUGUUAAUAUUUUUCAUAAUCCAUUUGUAUGUUUUUUUAAUUUUUUAAUUUAUUUAUGUAUUGGACCUAUUAGAAGAGUUAGGCAGAAAACUAUUGGUUCUAAGAUAUGUCAAAAAACAUGACUUUGGUUUAAGACAAUGUGAGCGCAUUUAUUUGUAUGUUUUAUUUUUCAAAUGCAGUUCAACAAAAAGCAUAUUAAAUAAGCAAAAAUAUAUAGGGUUCUUCCUCAGUUGAGCCACUGUGUCGCACAAAUAGUAGCCUGUGUCACCUGUCUGUGUUUGCCAUUCCACCUACGUGCCCUCAGUGGAGAGCCGUGGCUUCUGUGAAACAGCAGAAGCCGUAAUACGUGUGUAAUCAUAAAAGCAUCACAACUGAAAUAACAUUUUCAUAGGUUGGCCAGCUUAUCACCAGUUACUUUCAAAUCUUGGCUUUCAUGAUUUGUAUGCCUCAAUGUCAAAUUUAGUUCAAAAAUAUAGUUUCAAGUGUUUAAACGUUAGCUGAUGACGAGUUAGCAUCGUUUAGAGGCUAGCUAGCUUGUCACCAUUCUUCAGACACAAACAACCACAUCAGCAGCAUUUGUGGCAACAUGUUACUAUAUUUGCUUUCAUGGUAUGUAUGUCAAGAGUAAAUGCUCAGAGUAAACAUAUAGUUUUAAAGGGUUUAUACAUAAGAUGACAUGGUACAGUCCCUUAGAGUUUCCUUAGCCCAUUAUUGGUAGUCUCACCCUCUCAUAACUGUCGUCUUGUGACAAAACUUUGAGGCCGUUUGGUGACAUUCAAAAUGAACAGGACACAAGUCCCUUGAUAUCUGGAGUAGAGAGAUAACUUUCGUAUUGUUAGAAAGCAUUCACUUUCAAGCAGAACUCCAAGUAGUACUUGGAUACUCAAGUCUCCAAGGAAUGAUCCAUCCGGCCCGCCGAGGGAGAAAAAUAAAUUGAUUUAAUUUGGCAGUUUGUAAACGAGAGUCCAGGCAAGCAGGUACAACAAGGGUAAUCCAGAGAGUGGUCGUGGUCAUAGGCAAAAGCUUGAAAACAAACAGGCAUUCCAAAACAGGCAUUCCGAUAAAAACCGAAAACCAAAAGCACUAACCGAGAAAACCAUAGGGAGUCCAAAAACAGCAGUUCGGGGUAGAACAGCAGAAGGAUAAUCCAAAAAACAGUUGAGAUCAAAAUUGGUCAAAACAUGGGCGAUCAGCCAGACAUAACCGCUGGAGAGUAUGACAAAAGCUCUGUUCUGUUUAAUCUGAAAAAUAGGGCAAAAUAUAUGUUUAUAUAUGUAAAUACGGUGCAGCCCAUAAGUAUUUGGACAGUGGUACUAUUACUGUUAUUUUGAGCUCUGUACUCCAGCACAUUGGAUUUGCAAUGAAACAAUGAAUAUGAGAUUAAAAUGCCAUGCUUUUAAUUUGAGGGUAUUUACAUCCAUAUUGGAUGAUGAUGUUCCAAACAAUAAGCAACAUGAUAAGCAUAUUGUAUGGUGUAUGUAUUGCUUGUAUAAGAGAGCUUUCAGUAUCUCGUCUUGAUUCUAGGCUUUUGCUUGCCUUUUGAGUCUGGUAUUGUCAUUUGUCAAUAGGAUCUCUUAUACCUGCACUAAGGAAGCAAUUGAAUGCACCUGAUUAACCAGAAACACCUGGCAAGCCAUUUGUCCCAAACAUUAUGGCUCCUUGAAAUAAGGAGAGUACUGUAUGUAUAGGUGCUGUCAUUUCUACAUGGUGAAACCAAAAUGUAUAAGAAUACCCUUUAAUAAAGGCUGAGGCCAGGGUUAACUCCA